AUGAACUUUACUCCGUUCACGGGCCACAUCCCCACGGCCGCUGCCAUCCCCACCAUCCACCAGUUCGCCGCAAAGUUUGGGUAUGAAGGUGCUAACACUGGAGUUGUCCAAGAGACGCGUUACCAGAACUCGGGGUCAAGUAGUGGGGUGCAGUUUGCGGUGGCCCCCGCUGCGGGGGUCACGGUGGACGGCGUGAAGUUCAGGCAGGCGGAGAGUGUGGUGGUGGUUAGUGCUGCCCAGCCUGGCACUGUCACGUUGACUGGGAUCGCGCCUAUUCACACAGUGAACACUGGCGUGAAAUACCAAACUAUAUCCGCCUCAUCAUCAGUGAACCUCAACAACAUUACGUACGGGGGUCAGAGCUACGUCCAGGAAGUCCAGCUGAAAGAGCAGAGAACUGACAAGCGGGAGUACCGAGAGGAGCUGCAUCAUGACCUGGUCACCGUCAUGCAGCAGCACCAAGUGACGCAAGCGCCGCUCCAGCAAGGCACGCAGCAGCUGCUGGUGGUGCUGCACGAGCCGAAGGAGGCCGCGGCUCUAGCCCGCGUCAUCAAGCAGGAGUCGAGCCAACGUUCCGAGCGAGCCGCGGCUACCGCGCCAGCAGAGUUUAUCAGUAUCGGUGACGUAACGGAUAGUUCGACAUGGCAAUCCCUUGGCGGCGGCGUGGCGGACUACCUCUCAGCUUUGCCACUGCCCCUGCAUCACCUGCUGAAGUACUCCACUCCCGUCACCCUGGAGAAGAGAGAGGAGCAGCCCACCAUCGUCACCGCGGUACCAGCUAACGCGCUGCCGUCUAUAUCAACCUUACCUACGAUGCCCGCCAACGCAGUGAACAGCGUGGUGGUUCAAACAUCCUCCGUAGUUAAUCAGCCGGUGAACGGGAACGCAGUCGCGCCUAAAAAGAAGAAGAAGAAGAAAACAAUCAAGGAGAAGAAACCGCGGCCCAAGCCGGGCGAGAUACGGCUCACCACUGCUUUAGAUGGCAGCACCCUGUAUUGCUGUCCCGAGUGCCACAUGGCGUAUCCAGAACGCGGUCUGCUGGAACAACAUUUGGUGGGUCACACCAUGGAAAGAAGAUUCAUUUGCGACAUCUGCAACGCGGCUCUCAAACGGAAAGACCACCUGACCCGACACAAACAGUCGCACAACCCGGAGCGGCCGCACGUGUGCUCCGUCUGUCUGAAGGCAUUCAAACGCAAGGAGCAGCUCACAUUGCACUUCGUCAUCCACUCCGGGGAGAAGCGGCACGUGUGCAACGAGUGCGGGAAAGGUUUUUACCGCAAAGACCACCUGCGCAAGCACACUCGCUCGCACAUCGCGAGGCGGGUCAAAGCCGAGCUGUCGGGCCUCGGCGCGCGCGCAGAGGUCAGUGACCCCGACCCGGCGCCCGACGCCACGUGACCGGACGACGACAAGACCGACCUCGUCACGCUCAUCGCCGCCGCCAAAGACGCCUUCUGACUCCAAGCCCAGGGAGAGUAAAUGUAACCUCUCCCGUUUGUUCGAUAGUUUUAUAAGUCACAAGAGUACUCCUGGGAAACUAGAAUUUCGGGAAAUCCAGACCAGACUAGAAAAUGAACCUACAUGCCAUAUUUCAAAUGUGCAGACUCAGCGGUUUUGGCUACAUUAAUAUGUCAGUCAGUAUUCUCUUUUAUAUAUUAAGCUUAUCAUAACUCUUAGAAGUUACUUUUCCCAGAAUUUUGAUGAUUAUAUCCCCUGCGGGUUAGACAUAGCCAAUAGUCUUGAAAAGAGUGAAAGGCCUCGUUCAACUUCAUAACUAAAUGAUGGAAUUGAGAUUCAAAUAGUGACAAGUCGUUAGCCCAACACCUACAAGAAUUUUAAGUUUAUUAACCUUUCCCUAAGUCGCCUUCUACGAAUUCAAAGUUACAUAGGUGACGCACGUAGUUGAGACAUUUGUCUAGAAACUUAUGACAAUGUUUUUUUCCAUUUAGUUAAAGAAUAAAAAAACACUUUAACCUGAAUCAUCAUAUAAGGGUUGCAAGUAAACUGUAUAAAGAACUUGUGGAACAAAUUGUUUUGAUUUCAUUAAGGUGUUAAGGUGUCGCCCGCGCAAUUUAUUCAGUGAAUAGCUUUCUUUAUGUGACUUUUCUAUUUGGUUGCGGUUACUUUUCGAACAUUAAUGGGCAGGAUGUAACCAAUACAAACAGCAACACGGCGAGUGCAUUCGAUGCAAUUUUGUUUGUGAUAAGUUGCGGUAACCAAGUUGCAAAGUUAAUGUUUAUCUGAUAAAUUUUAUUAUAAUUGUUAUUGUAAAUUGUUAGCGAUUUCGAAAAGCUUUAUUUAUUUAUACUCGUAUGCGUUCACAACUUCAUUGUUAAAAAAAAAUAUUUGAGUUGAUUUAUUAUA